CGAUCCCGAGCAUUCUCUUCUGGUCCGUACACUGUGCUGUGCUUGCUCAUUCGCAUUGUACGUCAACGUCGCAGCAGCAUACACUCUCCCGCGAUCCAAUACCCACCCCAAUCUAUUAGAAAUUCAAGAUGGGUUUCCAACUUAAGGAUUAUGACUUCAAGAAGUUCCCGGUCCCGCUUGACAAGUACAAGCCGGUCCCGCUGUCGCUCCAGGACAAGAGUCUGAGCGCCGAGCAGAAGGAGAGCUUGCAGAACAACAUCAACUUGCUCCGUGAUGCCAUCGUCUUCUUCACUGCUAGCGGUGCCGCCAGGGGUGUGUCUGGCCACACUGGGGGUCCGUACGACACUGUCCCAGAGGUAGCUAUCCUGCUUUCCCUCUUCGCAGGUGCCGAUGGCGACAAGUUCGUUCAAGUCCUGUACGACGAGUCAGGCCACCGCGUUGCCACCCAGUACCUGCUCUCUGUCCUCGAGGGCAGCCUACCAGCACACGACCUUCUCUACUACCGUGCGGCCAACUCUAAGCUUCCCGGUCACCCGGAGCUCGGCCUGACUGCCGGUGUCAAGUUCAGCUCGGGCCGUCUCGGUCACGUGUGGCCCAUGGUCAACGGUGUUGCGUUUGGCAACAAGGACAAGAUUACUCUCAUGUUGGGCUCCGACGGAUCUCAGCAGGAGGGUGACGACGCCGAGGCUGCCCGUCUGGCCGUCGCUCAGAACCUUAACGUCAAGCUGUUCAUUGAUGACAACGACGUGACUAUUGCCGGCCACCCGUCCGAGUACUUUAAGGGCUUCGAUGUCGGUCGCACCCUCGAGGGCCAUGGGCUCAAGGUCAUUCACGCCGAUGGCGAGAACCUCGACAGCCUGUACCCUGCCAUGAUCUCGGCGCUCAACGAGACUGGCCCCGUCGCCGUCAUUAUCAAGCGCAAGAUGUGCCCGGGCAUCGAGGGCCUUGAGGGUUCCAACCACGGCCACGACGUCAUCCCCGUCGACAAGGCUAUCAAGUACCUCACCUCCAAGGGCCACAACGAUGCCGUCGCUGUCCUGCAGUCCAUCAAGCCCACCAAGGACACGUACGAGUUCAUCGGUUGCACUAAGGACCGCGGCGCGAACCGUGUGGUCUUUGGCGAGGCUGUCGCCGCCGUCCUCGACAAGAGCUCCAAGGAGGAGAACGCCAAGAAGGUGCUGUGCAUCGACUCGGACCUCGAGGGCUCAACCGGCCUGAAGGUGAUUCACCAGAAGCACCCCGAAGUCUUUGUCGGCAGUGGCAUCUGCGAGCGCGGCAACUUUGCCGCCGCCGCCGGUUUUGGCUCGUUCCUCAAGAAGGGCGAGUACCGGACUGGUAUUUUCUCCACCUUCAGCGCCUUCCUCGAGAUGUGCGUUUCGGAGAUCACCAUGGCCCGUCUGAACUUUGCCAACGUUCUAUGCCACUUCUCGCACUCCGGUGUUGACGAGAUGGCCGACAACACCUGCCAUUUCGGUGUCAACACCUUCUUCGCGGACAAUGGUCUGGAGGACAGUUUCACCACCCGCCUCUACUUCCCGGCUGACCCGACACAGAUGACCGCAUGCAUCAACAAGGUCCUCUACGACGAAGGUCUCCGAUUCGUCUUUUCGACCCGUUCCAAGGUCCCCUGGGUGCUUAAGGAGGGUACCCAGGAGCCCUUCUACGGCGAGGGAUACACCUUCACCCCGGGCAAGGACGACAUCAUCCGCAAGGGCACCAAGGGCUAUGUCGUCAGCUUUGGCGACAUGCUCUACCGCUCUGCGUCGGCGAUCGACACGCUGCGGAAGCAGGGCCUCGAUGUGGGCCUUGUCAACAAGUCGACGCUCAACAUUGUCGACGAGGAUGUGCUUAAAGAGAUCGGCCAGACUGGCUUUGUCAUCGUCGUCGAGUCGCUCAACGAGAAGACCGGCCUCGGAUCUAAGUUCGGCACGUGGCUCCUGCAGCGCGGCUUCACGCCCAAGUUCGCCACGAUGGGCGUCUCCAAGGAGGGCUGCGGUGGUCUCUUCGAGCAAAUCCCAUACCAGGGUCUCUCGCCUGACCACAUUGCUGCUAAGAUCAAGGAGCUUGCUGCUUGAGGGAAACCGAUGUGCGCAAGACGAACGCUGCUCCGCCCCCGCGAUCAAAUACAUUCGCACAUCCUUGUAUUGUACUCAUAGAUUCUUCGACUUCGUCAUCGAGUUUUUCUUCCA